ACACGGAGGGUUUGGGGGCCCCUGGUCUGAGCUGGCGCUGGCCCUGCGGCGGGCGCCGCGGGCCCCGCACAGCCGGAGUCGUCCCGCGGUGCCUCCAGCUCCCCGCCCCGUGGGAAUGGGGUGUUGCUCGGGGGAUGCUGACUCCCCUUCUCCUUCCUUUCUCCGAGUAGUAAGGAGGAAACAGGAAACCGUCCAGCGGGGGAGGGUGCCCGGGAAAGUCCCUCGCAGAGGAGGACCCAUCCUCUGGGCAUUCCCGCGCGAGCCCUGGGAAGAGCUGGUUGUGCUCUGGGAGUCCGUUCAGCCACCGCCGACCCAUUUAGAGCAGCUUUGUUUUCUGCCGCUGCCUUAAAACGAAACCUCGCCGGUCAUCGAUAUUCGUUAUUGAAUGUUACGGUCGCGUUUGUAGGCAAAGCAUUACAGUCGUUGCGACACGCCGAGACACGAGGCGGUCGAGGUUGCUUCAUACCUGGUAGCCUCUUACAGAAAAUGACCCAUUUUUGUUUGUUAGGAAGGUAAAGUUUAGUUUAUAACCAACGAUAACGCUCAAAGGAGGGCUUGGGUUGGUUAUUUUUGCAAGGAAGAGUUACACCAGCCGUAUGGUUGAGGCGGUGCGUAUUAGUCAUGAUUUCCUACUCGCAGGUGUGAGGAUGUUUGGGAACGUUCUCGCGCUGCGGAUGUGUCCUGUAACAGGGCGCUGGGGGGGUAAGCUUCAAACCAGUGCUGCUGCAAAACAAAAAUCAUCUCAAAAAAUGAAACUUGGGAAAGAGUGAAAGGAAAGCGGUUUAGCUCCCGAGCAUCACGCUACAGAUAGCAAUAGGCUCUUCUGUGGUUUCCUUAAAAAGAGACGGGAACCUUUUGAAAAACAGGAUGAUACGUCCAGUCUCAUUUGCUCUAAAAUGUUCUUCCUUAGACCACUGAAAACUUAAUUAUGGGGGGAGAUGGCACUGAAAUAAUUCACCUGAAAGUAGUUCUUUCAGAAGAAGAAUCAGACCAGUGUGUUUCUGUGGAUUUUGGGGCUACAGAGGGAAAAUGGCUUUAAAGGAUUUAAACAGUGCUCGCACCUUAAAAAAUUUGGGUUCUUGUUCAGGAGAAGUCCCGUGUAAACAGGAGUGACUUUGGCUUUGCUGAUCAUUUCAUGAGGCCUGCACAAAGUUUAGUGCUAACCAAAGCCUGCGUUACAUUUAUUUCCACUAUUACUAUCUUGGAUUAAUUAUUGUUGCCUUUUAUUUAGAUUGCAAGUCCAUGAAAUCUUUCGCACGGAGUAAGUAUUUUAAAUAAAGAUGUAUGAGAUUUCUAGGGCCCCGGCAGGUGUAAAAUCAAGGUUCGAGUACUCUUCUACCUCAAAUUUUGCACUUCUAGAACUGUUGAAUUUGGAGAAUUUAGUGUGCUUUAAGACAAAAUACUCCUAUUUGUCUUUUCUUGCCUGAAACUUCCACUGGCAGGUAAAUAUUUCUCAAAAAAAUUUGAGCACAGCCUCCUAUGCCUCUGCUAACGGCUCUGCUUUCCCAUGACCUGCAUUCAUGUAUGUCAUAUUCAGAUAAGAAGGAGGCACAACGCUGACUAAUGCCGCUUUUUUGGAAGGAAAAUGACAAAAGCUGUUUGAGACAGAAAUAGAAGUGCCAGCACUAAAUGAUGGAUGAACAGCCGGUAGCAAAGGUGGCAGCUCUAACGUUUCCUUGUAUUUAUGGAGUAUUGAAAUGACGAGUGUUAUCUGGAUUUGUUUCUCUAGGCUGAAUGCUUAUCUUCAGAUUCAGCAGUUCUCUGGGUCCCAGGACAGGGUGUAAGAGAGCGUACUGGUUUUGUUUAGCGCAAGUGAGUGUUGCUCCCUCCCCAGAGCUGUUGUCUGGAGCGUGGGGCAUGGCUGCGCCCCUCACCCACCCCCCUGCUUCCAGUCUGUUCCCAUAUUUUGUCUGACAGCACUUGCUCCUUAUUAACAUGACUAUAGCCUCUUUGUGCCCCCCGUCAGAAGAAAUCCUGCACCAGAAUAAAUUUCAGAGGUGACAGAUUGGAACGGUUUGACCAGAUGACGGCACACAAAUGUCUCUGAGAUCGGCAGCACCUGUGGCUUUGCACCACUUUGGCUUCGGCCCUGGGCAGGAGCAGUGGCUGGCACUGUUGCCUGCCGGCUUCUGGCUCGUCCUCUCUGGAUGUUGGGCUCUGGAGUGGAGAUGAGGGAUUACGUGUAGACUCUGGGAGGGAGAAGGCAGUGGCCGCAGUAAGCGGUUACCUGUCUUUGCGUGUCCCCGGAAGCUCAUAUUGGAGCCUAUACAAAAAUGUGAUACUCUGUUUCGUGGAAAGCAAAACAGUGUGAUGGUCCUUCCACAGGCAGUGCCAUGUCCACUGAGACUGGGGUCCAGACAGGAACCCACGGAAGCCAGGAACGCCGUCCCAGGCCAUGGGGGUAAAAGCACAUGGGUUUCUUUGAGGCCGUGUCUUGUCAGAGCACCUUCUAAGGUUUUUCCUCUCUUUCACCACAGGCUCUGACUACAGGUUGAUUUGGCAGGUGAUGGGAGGCAAAGUGGCAGAUACCUCUCUGCUCACCCGCUGCCAGGGGAACUUUUGUGGCCGCCAGGUUAACGCGUUCUCCAUAGAUCUGCCAGGCGCAGGACAGCACGGGGCAAAGCACCCCCACGGGAAGGUGCCAGGGGGGCCAGCUGCCUCCCAAGAAGGGCCAGGGCAUGCCGAGCCCCGGCGGCCACUUCGGGGUCUGCGGGCCGGAGUGCCUCAGCCCCCUGCCCUUCUCGGGGAGGCAGCUGGGCCCCCAGCCGCACGCUUCGCACGGGGCUUUUGACCCCAGCCGGGUGCCCCGCGGGUCUGCAGAGAGCCCCCCGGCCCUCCCCGGGCUGAGGCUCGCCCCGCUCGCCGUGACCCCGGCGAAUCCGGCGGGGAGCCCGCGGCCCCCGGGGACUCGGAGCCGGGGAAGACCUUUGCGUGAGGGCAGCGGGGCUCCCCCCGGCCCCCAGCAUCUGGGCGCCGGCCGCAGGGAGACGUCCAGGCUGGAGGGAUCGUCCCCGGCUGGGAGGAGCCAGCGGCUCCGCUGCUGUAAACAGUGCGGGCACCGCCAGCGGUUGGAAGAUGGAUAUAAAUAGGGAGGCGGAGGGGAGGCAGCCGGAGCGGAGGAGCGGGAGCUGCCUGCGCCUGCCUGCCCCUGCCUCUGCCGCCUGCAGCCGGGGUGCCCGGCAGCCCGGGUCGGGAGCUCCCGAGAGGCGGCGUACAAAGUUUGCGGCUCGGCGCUGCCGGGGAUAGGUACCCAUCCAGAGAAUUAAAAGUCCUGAAGAAUGGCUCUACCUACCUCCAAGUAUCUGGCUGAAAAUUUCAUUUUUCUUCUGUUUGUAAUCUCUUCUGUAAGCACAGCAGAAGCAGCUGUCGCGUGUCCUGAUAAGGAUCCUGAGUUAGAAAUCUGGAACCCAGGUCACAACGAAGAAAACCGCAUUGAAAUCCAUAACGGCAGGAAGCUCCUUCUCUCUUCUUCUGCAACCGUCCACUCUAUCCACAUCACUGAUGGAGGAAAACUGGUCAUUAAAGAUGAUAUGAAGCCUAUCAUUUUGCGUACUAGACAUAUACUUAUUGAAGACGGUGGAGAGUUACAUAUCGGCAGUGAGAUGUGCCCUUACCAAAGCAAUGUGGCUAUCAUCUUAUAUGGGCGAGCGGAUGACGGCAGCCAGCCGAAUCCCUACUUUGGGCAGAAGUAUCUUGGAGUAAGUAAGGGUGGCACUCUUGAGAUCCAUGGAAAGAAGAAGCUGUCCUGGACUUUCUUAAACAAGACUCUUCAUCCUGGUGGCAUGGAAGAAGGUGGAUAUUACUUUGAAAGGAGCUGGGGCCAUCGGGGUGUCAUUGUCCAUGUCAUUGACCCAAAGACGGGGGCAGUUGUCCAUUCAGAUCGGUUUGAUACGUACAGAGCAAAAGAGGAAAGCAUACGUCUUGCCCGGUAUUUGGGCAGAGUUGCAAAUGGCAUGAUCCUGUCGGUUGCAGUGAACGAUGAAGGAUCUAGAAACUUGGAUGACUCGGCCAGGAAAGCAAUGACCAAACUGGGCAGCAAGCAUUUCCUCAACCUUGGGUUUAGGCACCCAUGGAGUUUUAUUACCGUUAAAGGAAAUCCCUCCUCUUCUGUUGAAGACCACAUUGAAUAUCAAGGUCACAAAGGGUCAGCUGUGGCCAAAGUAUUCAAACUAUUCAAAGCUGAGAAUGGAGAACAUUUUAACGUCUCUUCGACUAGCGAGUGGGUUCAAGAUGUCGAAUGGACAGAGUGGUUUGAGAAGCCUGAUAAAGCGAGAUCUAAGGACAUGGAGAAGCUUUCUGACUUCAAAGCUGCUCAUCCUGAUAAAAUCUGUAGGCAACCCUUUGACAUCCAGGCAAUGACGCUUGAUGGAGCUAAUUUAACAACUGAGGUUUUCUACAAGAGCGGCCACGAUUACAGGUUUCUGUGCCAUGGCAAGGACCAGACGGGUGAGGGCUGCCAGAACUACAGAGUACGGUUCCUGUGUGGCAGAUCUGUGAAACCAAAGCUUACGGUAACCAUUGACACCAAUGUGAACAGCACAGUCCUGAAUCUGGUGGAUGACGCGAGCUCAUGGAAACCCGGAGACAGGCUGGUGGUUGCAAGCACUGACUACUCCAUGUACCAGGCAGAGGAGUUCCAAGUACUGCCGUGCAGAGCCUGCAGACCCACCCAGGUCAAGGUAGCAGGGAAAGCAACGUACCUCCACAUUGGCGAAGUCGUUGAUGGUGUUGACAUGCGGGCAGAAGUGGGGCUGCUGAGCCGCAACGUUGUGGUGAUGGGCGAGGUGGAGGGCCGGUGCUAUGAGUACAGCAGCAAGUUAUGCUCCUUCUUUGAUUUCGACACCUUUGGGGGACACAUCAAGAUUGCUCUUAAUUUUAAGGCUACUCAUAUUGAAGGUCUAGAACUGAAAUAUAUGGGCCAGCAGACAAUGGGACAUUACCCAAUUCACUUCCAUAUGGCUGGAGAUGUGGAUGAGAAAGGAGGCUACAACCCUCCAACGUACGUGAAGGAUGUCUCCAUCCACCAUACCUUCUCCCGCUGCGUCACAGUCCAUGGAUCCAAUGGCUUACUGGUGAAGGAUGUUGUGGGUUAUGACGCACUGGGCCAUUGCUUCUUUACGGAGGAUGGACCAGAAGAGCGCAACACAUUUGAUCACUGCCUUGGACUGCUUGUUAAACCUAGCACUCUGCUCCCCUCCGACCGGGACAGCAAGAUGUGCAAGCUGAUCACAGAGGGUGCUUACCCUGGGUACAUCCCUAAACCCAGGCAGGACUGCAGCGCUGUAUCCACCUUCUGGAUAGCCAACCCACACAACAACCUUAUAAACUGUGCAGCUGCGGGAUCUGAAGAAACAGGCUUUUGGUUUGUUCUGCACCACGUGCCGACGGGGCCCUCAGCGGGCAUGUAUUCCCCCGGCUACUCGGAGCACAUGCCGAUGGGAAAAUUCUCCAACAACCGUGCACAUUCCAACUACCGGGCUGGAAUGAUCAUUGAUAAUGGCGUUAAAACCACUCCAGCCUCCGCCAAGGACAAAAGACCUAUCCUGACACUGAUUUCUGGGAGGUACAGCCCACACAAGGAUGCUGAUCCUUUGAAGCCCAGGGAACCUGCAAUAAUUGAGCGCUUUAUUGCCUACAAGAAUCAGGAUCACGGGGCCUGGCUGCGGGGUGGAGAUGUGUGGCUGGACAACUGCCAGUUUGCUGACAAUGGCAUCGGCCUGACCUUGGCAAGUGGUGGGACUUUCCCUCAUGAUGACGGCUCAAAGCAAGAAAUCAAGAACAGCCUGUUUGUUGGUGAGAGUGGAAACCUGGGCACGGAGACGAUAGACAACGAGAUCUGGGGACCUGGAGGUCUGGAUCACAGAGGAAGGACCCUGCCCAUCGGCCCGGAUUUUCCCAUUCGAGGGAUUCAGUUCUACGACGGGCCGAUCAAUGUCCAGAACUGCACCUUCCGCAAAUUCGCUGCCCUGGACGGCCGGCACACGAGUGCCCUGGCCUUCCGGCUCAAUAACGCCUGGCAGAGCUGCCCCAACAACAAUGUCACCGACAUUCAUUUUGAAGACGUCCCUAUUACCUCAAGGGUCUUCUUUGGAGAACCUGGUCCCUGGUUCAAUGGUCUGGAUAUGGAUGGUGAUAAAACAUCAGUUUUUCAUGAUGUAGAUGGUUCUGUGUCAGAAUAUCCAGGCUCAUACCUGAUAAAAGAAGAUAACUGGUUAAUCAAGCACCCCGACUGCAUUGACAUGCCCGAUUGGAGAGGUUCCAUCUGCAGUGGACACUUUGCACAGAUAUACAUCCAAGCCUACAAGCCAGCUAACCUGAAAAUGAAAAUAAUAAAAAAUGACUACCACGAUCACCCACUCUACUUGGAAGGGGCUUUGAGCAAAAGCACUCAUUACCAACAGUAUCAGCCUGUUAUAACUCUGAGGAAAGGCUACACCAUCCACUGGGACAAGACAGCCCCUGAAGAACUGGCCAUAUGGCUCAUCAACUUCAACAAGAACGACUGGAUCCAAGUAGGGUUUUGCUAUCCUAAAGGGACGACAUUUUCCAUUCUCUCAGACAUCCACAAUCGUCUUUUGAAGAAAACAUACAAAACUGGAACCUUCUAUAGAACCUCUCAAAUGGAGAAAUUGGAGCACAGAUAUCCUAGCAAAGGAUACUACUACUGGGAUGAGGACACCGGGCUGCUGUUUCUGAAACUCAAAGCUCAAAAUGAGAAGGAGAAAUUUGCUUUCUGCUCUGUCAAGGGCUGUGAACGAAUAAGGAUCAAAGCUGUGAUCCCAAAGACGGCUGGCGUCAGCGACUGUGAAGCCAUGGCCUAUCCCAAGUACAUUGAGACACCAAUAGUAGAAGUGCCAAUGCCUAAGAAGCUCUCUAGUACACAACUGAAGACUAAGGACCACCUACUAGAAGUGAAAAUAGAAACUUAUAAGAAACAGUACUUCCACCUAAAGGAUGACUUCGCAUACACUGAGGUUGAUGGUGUCAGGUUUUUCCUCACUGAUGAGGGUAUCCAACUGGUUGUGAUUGAUGGACAUCAUGGAAACGUUGUCGAUCGAGUAACUUUCAAAAACUCAAUUCUACAGGGAAUCCCAGCACAGAUAGAAAAUUAUGUCAACAGCAUCAAAGAUCACUCCAUAGUGCUGGUGACAUCUAAAGGAAGAUUCAUUUCAAGAGGACCAUGGACUAAAGUACUGGAGAAACUUGGAGCAGAAGAGGGUUUUAGGUUAAAAGAAAAAAUGGCUUUUGUUGGCUUCAAAGGAAGCUUCCGCCCUGUCUGGGUGAAACUGGUCACUAAUGAGGACUCAGCUAAAAUCUAUCAAGCACUGCCAAUUCCUGUGGUGAAGAAAAUGAAACUAUGAGGACACACUGCUUUGCCUUCUGGCUGCCAGCACUGCCCCCAUGGGAUGGACUACUGACUGCUCACCGCAGGCACCUUGCCAGCCUGCUCCAGAGGUGUAGCAUUUUGUUGUUGUUGUUGUUGUUGUUCAAAAAGAAAUCUUACUGUAAGUAGCUAGAGUGGCCACAUGUGACAGAAAAGCCUUCCUCUGUGAUCAGCGUAUAUUCUGUGAUCACCAGCUCCUCACCGGUUGACUUGCUCACCGAUGCCAUGUUGACUCUCAUGUUACUAAGCAAGGUUUGACCUAUUUUAUAAGGUGCUGGUUUUAUCAGCACCCCUGUGACAGACUAACUUAUGUGUUGCCUCUUGAAGGGGGAGUUCUAGGUCUGAAGGCCAUUGAGGAUUAUUGCUUUUACCAGCCUCUAAGUUGUCCAAACACUUUUUCUUUUCUAUAGUGUAACUAGCUGCUCACAUAAACAUGGAAUGCCUAUUCAAAGGUUGGUUGAAAAUCUAAGGCAGAAAGAGUAUAUUUGAAUGAUUACCUAGACGCUGGGAAACAUAAUUGGACAGAAAGAAUUUAUCCUAAAGCUUCUAUGAUGUUUGAUCAAGCUCUUUGGGAUCUGUGUUGUACACGCUAACCCACAGCACAUAGUUGGGGAAGAUAUGAGAGAAGGAGCAGAUAAAACAUGCCAAUCGAGACUGAUGAAACCACAUAUUUCUGCUUGCUCAGAAAACUGUGUUUCUCCUAUGGAUCAAGUUUUUUUAACAGUGGUUGCUCAAAUAGGAAGUUUUCCUUCAACAAGUAGCUGUAGGCUAGAAGGAAAGCAAUGUCAAUUAGCACAUACAUUUUCUCAGCCUUUCCCAUACAGUACCUCUGUAUAAUAAUGUUCAGAAUCAGCCUGGAGGGUUUAUGGUAGCCAGUCAAAGCCAUUCUGUUCAAGGCUUCCAGUUUUUAACUGGGAUUACUGGGACUUAACCUUAUUCAACCUCAAAUAGGGUGAGCGGCCCUCGCCUUUCCAGGGAGGUCAGAGGGAACGGGAUCAGACUGCUCUGCUGUGUGUUGCUUUCUGAUCCUGUCCUCAGGCUGAAGGGCAUGAGCAUCUUGGUCCUCCUGGAAGAGUUAUGUGAGAUCUGGAUGGAAGGUGACAGAGGUCUUACCAAGUAGCUGAAGAAUUACAGUGGGAAUGCCCAUACACUAGUUGUUGGAUGUCUUGUACCUCCUUUCCCCCUUCUUCAAAGCAAUAUCUGGGUAAUGAAGGCAGAUCAGCAUGAAUCAAGACUCCUACAGGGACAUCUCUUGAAGCUGGGAAAUUAAACGUUAUCUUGUAAAACAUUGUAAGCACUUCUAGUGUUCAGUGAUAGUUCUGUCUGUUGCUCAGAAAUGCCAUGAAGGCGUCUCUGGAGGCUGUGGCUACUCUAAGAAAUCUAAGCAGGGCGGGGGGGAGGGAAGCAGUAAAAGAUAGGAUGACAAGCUUUUCAAAGCACAUAGAAUGUCAAUUUUGCCAAUAAUAUCUGGGUUUGUUUCCCACUUUGUCUCUGCCUGUCCCCAUUGCUACAGAAAUUAUUCAAGUUGCUGAUGGUUACUUCGUUUUGCUCUGUUUUAAUUCAAGCUCAUGUAAUUAAGUUGCUUUUUUUCCAUAGUAUCCAAAAUGCUAUGUUGCAGCUAGAAUGAAAGAGCAAGGAUUUUGUGUGUCAUUCCAAAGGCUGGGCAGGUGUUGCACUCUAUAAGCCUGAUUUAGAUCGAUUGCUCUGAAAGUCAAAGCAACCAUGAGCAAAAUUUAGACAGUACUGUAGGUUACAUUCCCCUCAAGCCUCUCCUGGAUUUUGAAACUGGAAAUGUUCUUUUCAGUCUGAUUAUAUAGUUGUUUUGAACUCGCUGAAUGUCAUGUGUAUUGUAUUUAAAAAAAAAAAAAAAAGCCAAGCUUUCCCUCGCUUGCUUCACAACAAGAGUCUGUUAAUGAAUGCUCUUUAGGCAUUUGUGCCGUUUCCAGCAUGAAUGGGCAACACUUGUAAAAGGCAAGUAAGGUGGGUUGUUUUUUCCCCCAGUGUCUUACGAUGGUUUGGGGAUUUCACAAACUAUUCCUCGAAGAAGUCAGUCUCAUUUGUUCAACCAGUUCACAGUUCAACCAUGAUUAUCCAAACAUCGUUUAUCUGAUGUUCUCUGAUAGCCAAAACAAAGCCAGAUCCCUGAAGUUGAGCAAACAGAGCAAAAAUAAGUCCCUUGAGUACGUUAGUCUGGCUUAUCUAAACCUCUUCACUGUCCUGAGGAAAUUCUGUUGAUAUCAUUGCACUGGUGUUAGUGGAACAUACUUGCUCCCAAGACAUGGACCAAAGCAGGAGUAUUUCUUUCAUGAGCACUUAACAAACUGUGGGCAGGAAAGCUGGGCUCAGAAUGUACCUGGUUUGGGAUUUGGCUUUGUAUGACCCUCGGGGCAGGGGUUGCCCUCUGCGGUGCACUGCUUCACUGGGCCUCUAGCGAGUUCCCUUCUCCUGCUCUCUGUCAUCGUGUAAAUGCCUGGGAGGCAUUGUUCAGCUUCUGAGAGCAUGCUGCCUUUGUGCUGAAGGGCAGCUUCUGAUUUUACUAUUUUGGGAAUUCUCAGGGUGAAAUCAUAAGACUUGGCUCUAGGAAAAAAUUUUUUUUCUUUCCUAAAAAAAUCUCAUCUUAUUAAGAGAAGAAAACUUUUAAGUAGCUUGUUCUAUCAUGCAAAGCUUGUCACAUGGGCCUGUUUUGGAGCUAGGGUGGGUCUCACGCUGUGAAUGGGGAGUACAGGAUCGCUGCAGGCUGUAAGCCUGAGGGAUAACAGAGCAUCCUAGCAGUGUAGUGGGGCAGCCACACCUGUGAAAUGCAAAGGGCUCCCAUCCACCUUUACGGGAUGAAGUCACUGUGUUGCUCUGAAGACAGAAUGAAGCCUAAUACCAUCGCCAGUCAGCAAUAGUUUUGUGCCAUAUGAUUACUUUUUUAUCUUUGACUGUUCUAGAAAUGCACGUGCACAUUUUCAGUAGUGAAUUACCUGACUGCUUGUUCUUUGUACAUCCUGUACAGUCCCUGCACAAGCUGCAGUUACCCUCUUUGUAAGGUUUCAUUACUGCAAAUGUUUCCAUGUUUGCCUACGCAAUUGCCAUCGGUAGAGUGGGGGUUUUUUUGAUUGCAUUUUGUUUGUUUGUCUAUUUGUUUGGAUGUUUGGGUUUUUUGCCUCUGUUCAAAUGCUUGUUUUACCUGUCGCCGAAACAGCUGGUCCUUUUUCGGAAUUAGAUGUUUGUACAUUUUCUUAUAGACUUUCCAAUGAAAAAAGAUAUAUUUUCUAUUAAUUUAUUACAAUGGCACUAAGACAACUAAAUUGCAGACAUAUGAAGCAUUUUUGCUGGAGUUUAUCAUUGUCCAGGUUGUUAAGGAGGUUGGCAAUAUGUCUUUUCUGAUAAUCUGCUUUGCACUUGAAAGCUCUCUAUGUCCGCAGACCGUGGUAAUGCAUUGACUGGUUUAUGAUGACGAGCUCUUGGGACGUUGGUUCCAACAGAUUGUGGCUUACAACUGAAAUAACAUGUAGUUGUUUGGAGUACACAAUGUUUAUCAAAAUAAAUAUUCAAUGCAAAUUUCUUAUUUUA